AUGUCAAAGGUUUCUAUGGACUGCAAUCUGAAGUCUCUUCUGAGUCCAGUUAGAGAGCAGAAUCUGGUUAAGAAGAAGAAGUAUCCAGUGACGUCACAGACUGCGGAAGAACAUGGAGGACUUCUGCAACCAUUCUUCGUCUCGUCCAUGUUCCGUGUGAGGAGCGAGCAGGAGGAGGAGCACAGUGAGCAGAUCUCGUGGCUGCGCAGCGCCGCGCUGCAGGGCGAUGCGCAGCUGUUGGAGGCCAUGCUGAGCCAGGAGAUCUACAGGCGGCUGCUGAACUGCCGCAGCGGAUGGGGCGUGGCGGGCACUCCCCUCCACGCCGCCGCUUCCCGGGGACACGCUGGCUGUGUGCGCGUGCUGCUGGCUCACGGCGCGCUGGUCGACAGCCUGGACGUCAAAGCGCAGACGCCGCUGUUCACCGCAGCGCGAGGGAAGUAUCUGCGCUGUCUGCUGCAGCUACUGUGCGCCGGCGCUGACCCCAACGGCAGCUCCUUCAACCUGUGCUCCCCUGUGCUGACGGCGGCAAGGGAGGGGGAUGCCGACGUGCUUCGCAUACUGCUCCAGUACGGAGCCGAGGUGAACGAACUCUCCAAAGUGCUGGUGCUCAGCUCUGUGGCCUCGGUGUGCAGUGGGCCGCUGUACUUGGCCGCAGUGUAUGGUCACAGGGACUGUUUCCGGCUGCUGCUGCUGUACGGCGCGGACCCCGACUAUAACUGUGUGGAUGCGCUGCUGAUGCGGCUGCGGCAGCGGCGCACCGUGCUGGAGAUGUGUCUGCGUCACGGCUGCGGCGCCGACUACGUCCAGCUUCUCAUUGACUUCGGCGCCAACGUCUAUCUGCCCACACUGAUCAUAGAGAAGACCACCAAGCAGAACGAGGCGCUGGAACUGCUGCUGAGGGAGAGAGGGACCCCCAAGAGUCUGACGUCUCAGUGCCGUCUCGCUCUCCGCAGACACCUCCGCAAGAUCAACAAGAUCCACCUCCUGGACCAGCUGGACCUGCCCCAGAGCCUGCUGCUCUACCUGCAACACCUGCCUCCACCAGUGCUCCCAGUGCUCUGA